AAUGAUUCUUCCACUGGGUUGGGUCCUUUGCACUCUUAUUUCUUAGGUGAAGCAGCGCAUUCGACGGAACCCGAUAGCGGUGAAAAGAAGAAAGGGGAGAAAGACGAUAUAUUCACUGCUAACAUGUAUCUCGCCGAGGACCGUAUUCUUUGUUUUGAAUUGGUGGCAAAACGAAACUGUUCUUGGGUGUUACAUUAUGUCAAAUCGGCGUAUGCCGAAACUGACGUUCCGGAUCAAGUACCAGAACUGAUUUCUCAGAGAAGACGUUGGCUGAACGGUUCUUUCUUCGCCGGCGUGUACGCGGUAUAUAACACCUUUGCCAUCUGGAGAAGUGACCAUAGCAUGAUCCGAAAAAUUCUCCUACAUGUUGAAAUGUUGUAUCAAUCAUACAAUUUAUUCUUCUCAUGGUUUGCCUUGGGUAACUUCUAUUUGACCUUUUACAUUCUGGGUAAUUCGCUCACUGACCCUAUCGUUAUCGAUGGACUUUGGAGUAAAACGGCAGGCGAUAUUAUAUUCCAGAUUUUACGUUAUGUUUAUUUAACGCUACUCAUCGUCCAAUUUAUUAUGGCUUUGGGAAACCGACCACAAGGUUCUAAGUGGGCAUACAUAGUCUCGAUAGUAUUCUUUUCAUUUCUCAUGAUCUACAUGUUAUUUGCGGCCGGAUGGCUCACUUACAAAGGUAUCGCAUUCCAACUGGACAAACAAAGAGGAGCUAUUACCGGCGCCAAUUUAUCCACGGCGAGCGCCAUCUUGAGCAAUGCGACAUUUCGAAACAUCAUCCUCUCCGUCGUAUCCACAUAUGGAUUAUACUUUCUCGCUAGUUUCUUGUUCUUUGAACCGUGGCACAUGUUCACCAGUUUAGGCCAAUACUUAUUGUUGGUUCCAUUCUACAUUAACAUAUUGAAUGUUUACGCUUUUUGUAAUGUUCACGACGUUAGUUGGGGUACCAAGGGAGACAAUUCAGCUAAACAGGAUUUGGGUUCUGCAAAGGUUAGCUCUGGAAAAAGCGAGGUGGAAGUCGAGGUACCUGUCGAAGAAAAGGAUAUCAAUGAGGCAUAUGAGGAGGCGGUUGAGGAAUUAAGGCAACACGUUGAAGAGGAAGUGAAACAUCGUUCUCCCAGUGAAAAGAGGGAUGAUUAUAAUAAAUCAUUCCGUACACGCGUUGUUCUUUCCUGGAUUCUUUCUAAUGCCGCGUUGGUCGCCGUUAUUACAAGCGUCGAUUCAACUCUAGAUAAAAUGUUACCUCAGCAGACAAGAUCUAACACCUACAUGGCUUUCAUUUUAUGGUCCGUCACUGGGUUGGCCGCUUUCAGGUUCUUUGGUAGUUGUACCUUUUUACUCUUUAGAUUGUUCACUGGUAACUAA